UUUUAUUACUUGAACGGUGUUUUCGCGAUGUUCCGUUUGGUGGCUUUCGCGCGCGCGUUCACUUUGUUUGACCUUAUCCAACCUUAUCGUUCCGCUAGCAGCGAGAGAUCGUGCGAGACAUGCCACUUGAAAAAUUGCAAUAAUAUGGCAUCGCUUAACGAGUCGUUGAACGAGAUCAAGUCGCAUUUCGCACAUGCGGCCGAUAAACCCGAAUGGAUUCCGUUGUCUCUGACAUUAGUGGAAUAUCCGCAAGGUGAUUUCUUUGGAAAAGUAUUAGCUGUAAUAAGUCUAGUGCCGUUUGCUAUUACAGCUGGUUUUGUCGCAUUAAUACUUUUUAGAAGAGAUUUGCAUACUAUUGUAUUUUUUAGUGGAGUUAUAAUCAAUGAGUGUAUAAAUUUUGUAUUGAAACAUACCAUUCGUCAGGCAAGACCGCUAAGAAGAGAUGGCUUGUAUAUUGAAUAUGGAAUGCCAUCUACACAUGCACAAUUUAUGUGGUUUUUUGCUGCCUAUGCAACACUUUUUAUAUACUUUAGAUUAAAUUAUAACUGUACAAUAGCCGAAAGGUUUUGGCGGACAAUAGUAGCAGUAGGAUGCAUCAUCUUAGCUGUAUUUGUAACUUACAGCAGAGUGUAUCUGCUUUACCACUCAAUUAUUCAAGUAGUUUGCGGUGCAUUACUAGGAAUUGCAUUGGGCACAGCAUGGUUUAUAAUCACGCACACAAUUUUGACACCAUUAUUCCCCAUAGUAGUUUCAUGGCGAAUAUCAGAGUAUCUACUGUUGCGUGACACAACGUUAAUUCCUAAUGUUUUGUGGUUUGAGUACACAAGUAUUCGCACAGAAGCUCGGGCGCGUGCGCGGAAGUUAUCGGCAAUCGGCAGAUCGCACUGACGACUAAUUAUAAUUAGACAGCUGAUGGAGAAUAGUUAAUGCCUUGAUAACAUACAAGCUUCAAAACAUUUAAACUAACAUUCCUUUAAUUGACAAAAGUUUGCGGAUUAAUGCAAAAACAUGUUUUGAUUCCAUUUUAUCUCAAAUACUUUUCCUGGGUUAAGUUACAAAACCAUUAUUACGUAUUAGAUUGGUGCAAAAAUAAUUGCAGUCAUUGUUAUCUAAUAAAUAAUACAAUUAUGAAAAUCAUUAUCACUAAUUAAUCAUAUUAUCACAAUCAUUAUUAAUUAAGUACUAGUAUGUUUAUAUAAUAUUAAGUAUUUUUAUUAAAAAAUAAUCUUAAAGUAACAUAAAAACUUCACACAAUUUAUUAAGAGAAAACAAUAAAUAUGUAUGCGAAAUAAGUACUCUUAGACAGUACAUAACAAUUAUGUGGUCACAAGAAUAGAAGAAAGUCUCACUCUGAUUUUUCUUAAUUUGACUUAAAUACUUGUUCUCUCAACUAGUGUGUAUUCUUAUAUUAAAUUUAUAUUCGUUUUAGAAAUUAAAUAUUAUAUUCAACAAAAGAAAAAGAAGAGAGAUUUGAUCAC